AUGGCGCCUGCGGUGUCCAGGUUGAGGUCAGAAGCCACACACUCACUCCUGCGUGCUCAAUACUUGCUGCUCCUGAAGCUUUACCCAGAGCUCACCAAAGCUACCACCCGGGGCAUUUUGUCAGCUCUUGGGAACUUCCUGGCCCAGAUUAUUGAGAUGGAAGAAAAAGAAGACUCUCAAAGCCUAGAUGUCAGUGGGCCUGUCAGAUAUGCAGUUUAUGGGUUCUUUGUCACAGGCCCACUGAGUCACUACUUCUGCCUCUUCAUGGAGCACUGGAUCCCUCCAGAGUUGGCCACAGUCAAGAGGCUCCUUCUGGAUCACCUGCUCUUCGUACCAGCCUUCCUGCUGCUGUUCUUCCUCACCUUGAACUUGCUGGAAGGGAAGGAUGCCAAUGCCUUUGCUGUCAAGAUGAGGAAUAGCUUUUGGCCUGCAGUGCAGAUGAACUGGAGGAUAUGGACUCCCCUGCAGUCCGUUAACAUCAACUAUGUGCCCCUUCAGUUUUGGGUGCUCUUUGCUAACUUGGCAGCUCUUUUCUGGUAUGCCUGCCUGAGGAAGUGA